AUGGCGGGAGUUCUCAAAGCAAUUUGGGGGAUGCUGGUCGAUGUGCUCCUGUUUUGGCAAAUCAGGUUCUCCAGAUGGUUGACACGCAAGAAGCCUGUGGAGGUUUGGUUCGAGAUCCUGAGGAACGCGAAGUCUUACGAGGAGUGGGAGGAGGCAGCUUUUCAAUUGGACGUGCUCUUGGGAAAUGACUUGUGGCGUCAAAAUCCCACCUCGAAAUACUACGAUUAUCGACUGAUCCACGACCGGCUCCAAUCUAUCAUCGUUGCCCGCGAAGAGGGCGAUAUCCUGCAGCUUGUCAAUCUGCUACGGUCUGGUCUUGUGCGGAAUCUGGGCAAUAUCUCCACCCCUCGACUGUUCAAUCGAGCAUUUGCUGGGACGAAAUUAUUGAUCGAAGAUUAUAUUACACAAGUUGCGCAAGCCAUUGCAGAUGUCACGAAACUGCCGACGUCCCCUGGUGCAGAUGGCAAUGGUGUGAUACCAGGAUUCAGCAGUCAGGCGAAGCUUGAUUUAUUACAUGAUACAAGACAAGCUUUUGGAAGAAGUACCUUGGUCCUCCAAGGUGGCGCCAUUUUUGGUUUGUGCCAUUUGGGAGUUGUGAAGGCUCUCUUUGGGCGGGGCUUGUUACCAAGGAUUAUUACGGGAACUGCUACUGGAGCCUUGAUCGCGGCUUUAGUUGGAAUACAUACCGAAGACGAGCUCCCAAUGUUUCUGAAUGGCGAUAGCAUCGACCUCUCUGCCUUUGCUGGCAAGAGCUCAGCUGGGGAGAGCGGACAGGAAGAGAGAGGGUUUUUCGAUGGUUGGUGGGAUACCUUGACAAGAAGAGUUCGGAGAUUCCUCCGAGAAGGCUACUUCUUGGAUGCAACAGUGUUGGAGGAAUGUGUGAGAACAAACGUGGGUGACCUGACGUUUGAGGAGGCAUACAACAGAACAAAGCGGGUUCUCAAUAUCACGGUUGCGACUACUGGAAGGGGGGGAGUUCCCAAUCUUUUGAACUAUUUAACGGCUCCCAACGUUUUAAUUUGGUCGGCAGCAAUAGCUUCCAAUGCCUCUUCCCCAUCUCUGUAUGGACGCUCAAUUACUCUCAGAUGUAAGGACACCUCCGGCGCGGUAAUCCCGUGGUCUGUGGCAUCCGACACGACAUUUCGACCUUGGACUCAUGCUUCCUACAAUGACAGAGAUUCACCAUUAUCUCGAAUCGCGGAGCUUUUCAAUGUCAAUCACUUCAUUGUCAGCCAAGCUCGGCCAUACCUCGUACCAUUCCUCCAAUCUGAUAUGCAUGGCCCCUCACCACUUUACACACGCGGCGGACGAACGUCAUUGACUGGUGGUCUACUGAGACUCAUGACUAUGGAAAUUCAUCAUCGACUACAGCAACUCGAUAGUCUUGGACCCCUUCCUUUGUCGAUUAGGCGAUUCCUAGUGGAUGAGCAUAUUCCUGCAGCUUCAGUGACUCUUGUACCUGAGCUAUCCGCAAGCGACUUUGUGCGUUUACUGGAGACACCUACUCAAGCUAGUCUUGAUUACUGGAUCUUGCGGGGAGAGAAGAGUGUUUGGCCUGCGGUUGGUGCUUUGAAGGUCAGAUGUGCCAUCGAAUCAGAACUAGAUCGUGGCUACCAGUUUGUGAGAAGGAGGAAGGCAGGAGGCUUGCGACGGCGAGGCAGUGCAGUUGAUACCAAUGGCAAACAGGCCGCAAGAGAACGUGAGCGUGCCAACAGCGCCGGUGCGAAAUGGUAG